AUGCGCACACGUUUCACGAUGUUAUCUACCCCGGGGUCGACCUGUGCUACAGCAUGGAGCCGUAGCACAGACGUCGACCAAGUACUUGCGGAGCGUUCCAGUAUCCAGAGGCUGCCAUACUGGCAAUGGCAGCCGGUGAGGAGAACCCUGGCCAAGACUCCCGGGUUGAGGACGUGGAGGGAGAUCAGCUACAUCGCGAGGAACGUGCUAUCGCACCACGUGGCCUUCCAGCAGAUGGCGGCCCUCUCGCUGGAGCGGAUCGCGAGCCGCCUGACUAACAGAACGGUCGUGGCCGGAGGAGAGGUUCUGGUAGAGCACGGGAAAAAGGUGACCGGGUUCCUCAUCCUGCUUAGAGGGUCUGCCCGCAUCAUGGAGGUCUCUAAGGUUAUCCGUGGCGACGUGGAGCUGGUACGGGCGGCCGAGAAACAAGCGGGCGGCGAGCACCCCGUGGGCACGAGAGCAUUGCGCUCGCUCGCGGUGCCGCCCGAGCGGCGGACUCGGAGGGACGUGAAGAACAUCGUCAACGAGCUGAGCACGCCAAAGGGCGGCCUGGACAUCGCCAGGUUUCGUCACGUCCCGGCCUGUCUCAAGACCCGUAUCGCGGCGGCGCUCCGCCUUGAGGUAUGGCCCGCGUUUUCGGAGCUCAUACGCGACGAAAAGGACCCCAAGACCUACCUCUUCAUUGUCAAGGGCAGCAUCUCUCUACAGGCUGUAACCAAUGCAAACAGGUUCACGGUCGAAACCCUCGACAUACCGGCAGCGGGGCACCUGAAGAACUUCGAUGUUGACAACGCGCUGUCCCUGGAGGACUGGCGUGCGAGUGGGCUCGGGCCGUGCGCAGCCAUGCACUUCGACAGGCAGGUGCUGGGGGAGUACCCGAACUCGGAGGAGAGCGUACUGAGCGUACGUGCGGUGACCCGCGAGGGGACGACGGCGGCCGUUGUGGAUACCGAGGUUUACGCCAACGGUCUUGCGCGGGAGAACUACUCGGACUCGCACUCCGCGGUCUGUCGAGAGGUCCUAGCGCAGCUGAAGCGUUUCCCGAGCGACGACGUUGUACCCGGCGUCGCGGGCCUAGAGGCUGAGAUGUUGUGCCGCCUUCUCAAGGAGAACCCUGUUCUGAAGCGGAUCAACGGCCCCUGCUUCCCGAGGCUCAUAGGCAGCAUAGCCCUUAAGCGCUACAAACCUGGCGAGGUGGUCACCGAGGAGGAGGAUUUCGGCGACAGCCUCUACAUCAUCCUAGAGGGCCUCCUCGAGUACGCGGUGAAGGAUUCCCACCGGGGUGUCAUCGACCGUUCGCUGGCCAAGGAAGUGGGCAUCGCUCCGGGUUUGCGCUGCGUAGGCGUGAUGACGGCCGGGGACUUCUUCGCUCCCGAAUCGAUGCUGGGAAGGAGCAAGGGUCGGAGGCCUCGAGUGUUGGCUUCCGGCAGCUACCGCGUCAGGUGCUCCCCAGACGUCCAAGACGGAGGGGCAGGGAGUGACGGCGCGACGUGUUUCGUUCUGCCGCGGGGGAAAGUUGAAGCCGCCGUGCACCGGGACCAUCACCUGAAACGUUCUCGGCUCUUCCAGUCUAACCAAAGCAACCACAACAACAACUCAGCGGUUGACUCCAAAGGGUUAACGAUGUCUCCGAUAGCGGGACAUCGGCAGACUGCGAACAUCUCGGGGUCGUCGUCGAAUGAUGAACUUGCCAGGGUGUCCUUUGGAGGGCCGGGGGAGCCACCGGGGCUUGCUCACCUAUCUCUUGCGGGCGGGGGGGCGAUGGAGGGGGGUAGGCGGAACCCGGGGGGGGGUGGAAGGGACGUGGCGGCGGAGCGCGUGGGUAUGGCUGCAGUUGGCGAGUCCAAGAACGUCGCGGGGGGCAACGCACUUGCCGAAGAUUGCGGUGUUGGUGGCUCCAACUUGCCGGCACCGUCGAGCAUGCAGGUGGUCGCCGGGGCUUCGGCGGGGACGGCGGAAGCAUCGGGUGGCGGCGGGGGACUUACGGAAGGGCGAUCGUUCUUAACAGGGGUCCCUUCGACUCACAUCAAGCCGGAACGCCUGGUGAACCAAGCCACGCCAACGGGUGCCAUCUCGACAAGCGUUUCGAACCUUCAAGGCAUGGGGGGCUUCUAUCCCUCCGAUUCCGCCACCCUUGCGAGCGGGGUCACGGCAGGAGGUAGGGGGGGCGACGACGCGGACUUUGGCGUGGGUAAACCUCCGGCAGGGGGUGGAGGCAUCGGGGAAGGGGGGGGGAAUGCCAAGCAGGCCGGGGAGGCUUCACAGUCCUGCCACGACGGGCCUCUCGCCUCGUCCAUUGGGAACUCCUCUGUCGCAGGCUCGAUAGACUUCCCCCAGCAUCAGAACGCCACAAAUCAUUCCACGGAAGCAGUAAUAGCAGCAGCAGCGCAGCCGUGGUCGGACACAUCAGAGUGCUGCAGCGGCAGGUUCUGGGCCGCCGACGCUAGCGCUGACACACCGCCGCCAUCCUCGCGUUGGGGUGGCGACCUGGCGGCUAACUCCCAGCAGCGGAGACGACGACGACGACGACGAAGCGCUGAGGGGAGACGAUCUCGUUCGUCGAGACCACCGCAGUAG